CUUAUUGCUAGUCGUCCUGAACUCUUUGAUCUCCGAAGAGAAGCUGCUUUUAAUAUUCAUCUUAUUUAUAUGCAAUCAGGCAAUCCUGAUUUAGCAAGAAUAUAUCUUGAUGAAUAUAUUGUUAUUUAAAACAUAGUUAAUCAUGUCGUUGGCAUCUAAAAUUACCUUUCAAAAUUUUUGUGAGGUUCUAGAGAACAUUUGGACAGCUAGAGGAAACAAGAAGGUUGAAAUAUUAAAGAAGUUCUUGGAUAAUUAUCGACAAUUGGGCCGAGAAAUGAAAGAAAAGGAUCCAAAUGUUGAUGUUUCGUUGUAUCCAGUAAUGAGAUUACUACUUGUAAAAAGUGAUAAACACCGUGGACCAUUUGGACUGAAGCAAAUAAAUCUAGGAAAGCUGUACGUUCGAGUAUUUUGUUUAGGAAAGACUAGUACUGAAGCACAGAGUAUUAUUAAUUACCGACAACCAUCAAGUGAUAGAAUGCAGAUGAAUGAUUUUGCUGAACGAGUUUAUUGGAUUCUAACAUCAAGACUUCGUCAGUCAGGAAAUUUAUCAAUAGAACAAAUCAAUAAUAUUCUAGACAAAAUAGCUGAAAAGAAUGCACAAAAUGGAAGCAAAGAUAGUGAAUUUAUUCAUCUACAAAAAUGUAAUGCUAUGGAAAUAAAAUGGUUUACGAGAAUUAUUUUGAAAGACAUUAAAAUUGGAAUGGGAGAGAAAAGUAUAUUUGAAGCAUAUCAUCCUGAUGCUGAUUGGUAUUAUGGUGAAAAGUGUGACCUUAAACAGGUAUGUGACACUUUGUUAAAUCUCCAGACACAAUUGGAACGAAAUAUCUCCAACGUUGCUCUUCUUUCACCAUUCAAACCGAUGCUUCUUGAACGUCUGAAAGUCGAAGAAAUCGGUAAAUUAUUCACAUCUGAUGAUACUUAUGUUAUUCAGACGAAAUUCGAUGGAGAAAGGAGCCAAUUACAUAUGAAAAAUGGAGAAUAUAAAUAUUUUACACGUCAUGGUUUAGAUAUAACUGAUAAUUCUGGUUUUGGAGCAUCAAAAUCAUCAAUGAAUAGCUUCCUAACAAAAGCAAUUGCUGAUUUAAUUAAUCCUCAAUGUCAGUCUAUCAUUCUAGAUGGUGAACUAGUGGGUUGGCAUAAAGAAAAAAAAAUAUUCGGCUCUAAAGGAAUGUCCUAUGAUGUCAAGAAGUUAACAUCUAGAAGUAAUUAUCAAUCUUGCUUUAUUGCAUUUGAUGUGAUUUUAUAUAAUGAUCGAUUGCUGAUCAAUCUUCCUCUACAUGAGCGAUUGAAGAUUCUUGAAGCUGCUUUUAAAGAACAGGAAGGUGUAUUGGUGCGUUGUAAAAAUACCCUAGUAAAAACCAAAGAUGAGGUGCUGGAUAUAUUCAAUAAAAGUAUGGACAAUGAUGAUGAAGGGAUUGUUUUAAAGAAGGUUGACAGUUAUUACCGACCGAAUUCAAGAGAAGGCAAUUGUUGCUAUAAACUCAAAGCUGAAUACUCUGAUGGAUUGAUAGAAGAUAUUGACAUGUUGAUACUAGGUGGUUAUUAUGGAGAGAAUAAAUAUGCUGGAGUAAUCAGCAGCUUUUUGAUGGGAGUAUCAAGUUCUAGUAGAAGCAAUAAUUCAUCAACAGAUGAACAAAGUGAGAUAACUAUUGACUCCAACAGCAAUUUAAAAUUUUUGUCAGUUGGUUCGGUAAGUUCUGGACUGUCAGUUGAUAAAAUCAAAGAAAUAAAUGAACGAUUCAAGCCUUACUGGUCUCAAGAAUGUCCAAGAAACAUUGUUGGACCUAAAAAGUAUCUUCCUGAUGUCUGGAUUGAACCAAAACGAUCACUAGUUCUCCAACUUCGAGCUACAGAAAUGAUUAAAUGUGACUAUCAGCCAGCUGGAUACACCCUAAGGUUCCCAAGAGUGUUGAGAAGUCGUGAAGAUAAACCUUGGACUGAUGUGUGUAGUCUAACUGAACUCAAGUCAUUUAUUAAAUCUGAUGGUGUAGUUCAGAAGCUCACUAAACGUCAUGCAACAAUGUCUGAUGUUCAAACUGAUCUUUCUUUGUUAGGUUCACCGUCUAAGAGACUUCGUGAAAUUAAGGAAGAAAUGUUUUUGAAGCCUUUGAAAAUAGAUUCAAGAUACUUUGGUGUUAAUGCGGCCACUGUUGAAAGAAAAACACGUUUGUUUGAAGCUAAAGAGAUAUGUGUGAUAAAUGGUGAAGAGAAAUUACAAAAACCAGGAUUUAAUGAUGAAGAAAAAUGGACGAAAAGUGAUAUUGAAAGAAUAUUGAUCAGUCAUUCAGCUAAAAUUGUUCAGAAUCCAGGAAAGAAUACCUUUUGUUUGAUUGUUGGUAAUCCGAAUUCAGUAAAAGUUCAAACACAAGUUAAUUGUCGUACUUAUGAUGUAGUUAAAUUAGAUUGGUUAAGAAGAGCAGCUGAGAAAAAUAAUUGGGCUAAAUUAGUUGAUUUUUAUCCAUGGGAAUUACUGUCAUGUCGAAGUGUAACCAAAGAACGAUUGAUGAAGAAGUUUGAUGAAUAUUAUGAUAGUUAUGUUGAAGAUUCUGAUGAACAGAGUCUUAAAAGAUCAUUGGAAAGAGUUUGUCUAAUCAAGAAUGAUUUAAAUGUCAAUUUAAAUACCCUAGAUGAUACUGAUAAACUGAUAAAUAAAUUACGAAGCAAUAAAUUAAGCUUGUUUACAAACAUUGUAGGUUAUUUUGCUGAUGUAUCAGAUUGGAGAAAAUAUGGAUUUCUGUUUAUGAAUGGAAAGUUAAGCAAUACUAUUAAUAGUUUAACUACCCAUGUGUUUGUAAAUAAUUUGAUAAAUAAUUUAAAUAAUAAUAGUGGACGAAAUAAUGUAAAACUUGUUGAACUUUAUAAGCAAGUGAAUGAACUAGGGAAAGCAUCAAUUAAAAUAAUUGAUAGUGAGUGGAUAAAAGGCUGCAUUGAGAAACAUGAAUUAUUACCAGAAACUCAGUAUUUUAUUCAGUAAUUAUAAAAAAUAAUUAUUUUUAGCUUUAAUUGAAUAGGUUAGGACAUGUAGGUACUGCUUCAUUUUAAAGCAUAAACAAUUUUUUAAAUAUUAUUAAAUUUACAUUAACAAGUUAUUAUAAUG